CAAUCUGCCAAUGUACGUAGUACUUACCUAUCCUCGGUCCCCUCGUUCUCCGCAGACUCCACCGUUCCCUUCCAAAGGUAAUCCAGGCCCUAGAUAUCCAUUUGAUCCGAUCUAUUUGUCCCAACUCCUCGGUCUCCUCUUUCCGGCUCUCGGGUUUUCCUUUCUGGGUCUCAGGUCUCUAUCUCCAAUUGUCGACGAGCCAUUCCUAAUGCAACUAUUACCUUAUACAACUCAACUCAUUGACUCAUCACGCAUUCCUACACAUGAAUCGAAGUCGGCCGGUAAGGUCCAAGACUGGCUGCUCUAGCUGUCGCCGACGAAAAGUACGGUGUGAUGAGGCGAAACCUGUCUGCAAUGCCUGCACGCGUCUAGGUCUCACGUGUUCGUAUGAGCCAGCCCGUGCCGCAAAUUCCGCCGAAGCUCUCCGGUAUCGUGUGCGCUUCGUCAAUUCCCGCUACACCAGAACAGAGCCAGAGCCAGAUGAGAGUAGGAGUAAUCAGUCCCAGUCCCAAUCCCAAUCCCAAUCCCAAUCCCGGGCUCCGCUGCCUGGGAGUCCUCCACAGCCUGCUGCCCCAAAGACAGAGAGCAGUUGCGAAUUAUCCAAAGACGUAGAGCUGAGUUCAACCGAGCAGCAAAGCAAGAUCGUUUCAGACAACUCCACCAUGUCACAUCUACCAUCACAUCUACCGUCACAUCUGCCCUCACAUCAUGCACUUCCUGCACUUCCCGCACUUCCUCCACACUCCUCCCCCAUCCCCUCCCAUGUUCUUACCGGACAUACACCUCAACCGAGCACCUCGCCUGCGGCCAUCCCGGACCCCGGCGCGUUUGCUCUGACCUCACAGAUGCAUGCAUACGAGGCUCAAAUAGGCCCCGGCUACGUGCCAGCCUUCUUCGAUCCGAACAUGAAUUUCGAUUUACUUGGCGAAGAUUGGUUAUCACCCCAGACACCCGGAGACGCAUCCCAGGAUUCGGAAUCAACCCGAAAUGACAUCCCCGAAUCAAGCUCGUGCACUCAGGAAGCCACCGUGAUCAUCGGCCCGGAUGACCCCAGACUUAUUCAGCAUUUCCUGAACGUGAUGACAGGUUUUGCUAAAAUACGCUGUUCGGGAGAUGAAAAUGUUUAUAGCCACAUAUUCAGUAAUAUGGCAUUAUUUUAUGCGCCUCUAUACGAUGCCUUGAUGGCCUGGACGGCCUUGCACCUCGGUCAGACGAGGUCGGACCCCGACCUAAUACGGAAAGCCGAGGAGCGAUACACACAUGCCGUCUCCUUAACACAUCGGGAUCAGAAUGUCGCCGUACAUUUCGAGCUUUCUAUUGUAACCAUCUGGUUCGCGCUGCAAUAUGAGCUUCUGGCAGCUCAGGGUAUUGAAUCCUUCUGUCGACACUUAGAAUUUGCUGCCGACCUAGUUGAGGCUCACCGACGUCACCAAAAGGCUGGUGGAGAGGCAACUCCUCUCGGUCAUAUUGGCUCUCGUAUGUUGGUCUGGUUAGGUGCAUACGAUAGCCGGGCGUCUCGUAUCGGAGGCACAGGACGCCUUUUGCAAAAUCUCGAGGCAUUCGCCGCAGACUACGACUUCAUUGAUGCCGCAUACCCUAAUUUACCUACUAAUACCGAAGACCUAAAACCUGCCUUACGCCUGUCUCUGGAGCUCGACUACAUGGAGAGCCGGAUUGUGCAGUCAUAUCGUAGUUCAGCCACCGCCUCUGUCGCAACAUGGUCGAAUUUACAGUCAGGUCUCAUCAUGAUUUACGAGCGAUUCGAAAAUGAUCCUUCGGUCGCUCCAAUCAUAGCUUCCCUCACUAAACCAUCACGCUCUCUUAAUAGUAGGAUUACCACAAGGCGCUUCAACUGUUUGCUACUCUUAGCAACGUUUUAUAGUGUUGUAAUAAGCUUCCAUAGGUUGAUACCUGUCCCUUUAGCCUCGAGUCUGCCGGAUAAGCUUAUAUCGGCCGAAGUCGCGGCAACCAGCAUCAUUCGUCUGGCAUCUUGGGUCUGUCGAUUUCGACCACCGUCGCCGCAGAAUAUUUGGCCACGUAUUUUGUUCCUAGCCGGUAUCGAAACCACAGACUUGGUGUAUCAAGACUGGGUGGUGAAAGCGCUCACCGAGGCCGAGGUUUGGGGAGCCAAUUUUCAGAAGACCCGGAUGCUGCUCGAGAAAGUUAUCAAGAUUCAGAGCGCCGGAGGAAACAGAAUCGACUAUAUCGAUGUCAUGAAGCAAGAUAUGGGAUUGUUCAUUAUUUGACCAAGAUAUGUGUAAGGGAAAUUUGAACUUUAGGAGUUUUGGGAAAGCGAGCUCACGAGAUCAAUGUACUAUGAUAGCACAGGAUUCUUUCAGUGGUUAUGAGGUAUCUACCAUUACGUUUCUUAACUGUA